ACUCAUUCGCUCUGGAGGAUUACGAGACAAGCUGUAGCCUUGUCAUCGAGCUUCAACCUCAUCGCAAACCAUCACCAACACACCCCCGACACGCAUUACUAUCUCCGCCUCCACCCCGAACCCGUGAAUCUGGCAAUUCGUGCCAAAACCUACAUAUCUACACCCCCGAAAAAUACCUAUCAGCUCGUUUCCCUGACGUCAAGGGAGCUUCGCCAAACAUGGCGCUCGACGAGUACUACCACAACAAGAUCGAGGCUAUGAAGCUUGAGAUCCUUAAGGGACAAGCCGCGCUUCGUCGUCUUGAAGCUCAGAGAAAUGACUACAACUCCCGCGUGCGAUUGUUGAGGGAAGAGCUGGGUCUGUUGCAACAGCCUGGUUCCUAUGUCGGAGAAGUCGUCAAGGUCAUGAGCACCAAGAAGAUUUUGGUCAAAGUCCACCCGGAAGGCAAAUAUGUGGUCGACGUGUCGGAUAGUGUCGAUAUCGGCAAGCUCACACCAGGAAAGCGAGUCACCCUCCUGUCCGAUAGCUACAAACUCGAGAAGAUGCUCCCCUCCUCCGUCGACCCUCUGGUCUCUCUCAUGAUGGUGGAGAAGGUUCCCGACAGCACAUACGACAUGAUUGGUGGUUUGGACCAGCAGAUCAAGGAGAUCAAGGAAGUUAUCGAACUUGGUCUCAAGCACCCCGAGCUUUUCGAGUCUCUUGGAAUUGCACAACCCAAGGGUGUCUUGCUAUACGGCCCCCCUGGUACUGGAAAGACACUACUGGCACGAGCUGUUGCUCACCACACUGCUUGUAAAUUCAUCCGAGUGUCAGGCUCCGAACUGGUCCAGAAGUACAUUGGUGAGGGUAGUCGCAUGGUGCGAGAACUCUUCGUCAUGGCCCGAGAGCACGCCCCAUCUAUCAUCUUCAUGGAUGAAAUCGACAGCAUUGGUUCCUCACGAGUGGAGGGUUCUUCAGGAGGAGAUUCCGAAGUCCAGCGAACUAUGCUUGAGUUGCUGAACCAGCUCGAUGGUUUCGAACCUACUAAGAACAUCAAGGUCAUCAUGGCCACCAACCGUCUCGACAUUCUCGACCCUGCCCUCCUGCGCCCAGGACGUAUCGACCGAAAGAUCGAGUUCCCCCCGCCCAGCGUCGAGGCCCGAGCGGAUAUUCUCCGCAUUCACAGCCGCAAGAUGAACCUCACCCGUGGCAUCAACCUCACCAAGAUCGCGGAAAAGAUGAACGGGUGCUCUGGUGCUGAGCUGAAGGGUGUGUGUACGGAAGCAGGCAUGUACGCUCUCCGAGAGCGAAGAGUGCACGUCACACAAGAAGAUUUCGAGCUUGCCACAGCAAAGAUUCUCAACAAGCACGACGACAAGGAGGUGUCUCUCGGCAAGCUCUGGAAGUGAGAAAACUGCAACAAGGGGCGUUCUUUUAUUUAUCCAUAUUCUUGUCGUCUCUGCUGCUGGUUAACCUGCUGGGUUCGCAACAGAGCCUGGUUGUUCAUAGAUGGGUUGGGUCAUGACAGCGGGAGGGGAGUUGUAAGGAUAGAAGAUUGUACCAUAAUGGAAACAACGAUCUCAAGCGACA